AUGGCAGCCGCCGACAUCUUGCGCUCUAUCAACAACAGCCGCGGGUCGGCUUAUGAUGAAGCAAACAGCGGAUAUGUCAUUGGGAUACCCAGCCCGGUGCCGACCAUCACGAACACCUUCUAUCCUCACUUGACAUGGUCGACAGUUUGGUUUUCCUUACUCUGCAUUUUCGGUAUUCUCAACAUCAAGAACAUGCCGUUCAUGUGGCAUAUGCGCAUCCUAAAUGCCUUCCGCUUCAUCCUUCGAACGCAACGGUCGAGUGUUCCGAUCACUCCCGCACAUCUCUUCCAGCCCAUCAUCACGACAUCGUCCGCGCAGCUGAUGGAGAUCGACUUCAAUAUGCAUAAAUCGAACUCUUCAUAUUUCUCAGAUGUCGACAUCGCACGCACCCACCUCGUGUGCACGCUCUUCGCCAAGGGCAUCGAGAAGAUGCGCGGCGGCACUGCCGCCUACACCGGAACCAAGGACCCCCAUUUCGGUCUCGCCCUCGGUGCCGUCUCUUGCAACUUCAAGCGCGAGGUCGCCCCUUACAGCGAGUACGAGAUGUGGUCCAAGAUCCUAACCUGGGACGAGAAAUGGGUCUACAUCGUCACGCACUUCGUCCGCAAGGACGCCGCGAAGCCCAAGAGCUAUUCGCUCUACCCGGGGCAAUCGCCUGCCCAGACUCCUUCCCAAUCACCCUCCCAAUCUCCUUCCCAAAGCCGGCGCAACAGCACUCCCGGCAGCUCGGACAACGGCGAGUUCAUCAAGCGGUCCAGCAGCGGCAAGCCCUCACCAUCACCCAUCGACGACGAGAAGCCCGACAGGCACAUAUUCGCGACGGCGCUUAGCAAAUGCGUCUUCAAGUCGGGCCGCAAGACCGUAUCGCCGGAGCUCAUGCUGGAGAUGUCGGGCCUGCUGCCCAGCAGCACAGCGCCAACAACAGACUCCACCACCGCCAGCGCCGACCGAAACCCCACGCUUGAGACAGAAAAGCCAGACGAAAUCACGCUGGAAGAGAUCGAGGCGCAGAGGCAAAAGGGGCUGCAGAUGGCGCAGAUGCUGGCUGCACAACACCAGCAAAACCUCGAGGCCGAAUUCGCGGGCGACAAGUGCGAGGAGGCCCUGGGCCGGCACACCGACGGCGCGGGUAUCGUCGGCGUGGUCAAUACGCUCAUGCAGCUGGCGCAUCUGAAGAAGUCGCAGGUGAUAUGA